CUUCCUCAGGCAGGCAGGGGCGGGGGUGAGCUGACGGGGGAGGUGACAUCAUCGCCGCUGCACUCUUUAAACCCCUCACCCAGCCGGCGCCCUUGCCCAUCUGCCCAAACCCAGACGACAACCUCUCCUGCCCGCCUGCCAGCCAGCGAGGAGCCCUCUCUGCCUCAACAUGGCCAACAAGGGUCCUUCCUAUGGCAUGAGCCGUGAAGUGCAGUCCAAAAUUGAGAAGAAGUAUGAUGAGGAGUUAGAGGAGCGACUAGUGGAGUGGAUUGUGAUGCAGUGUGGCCCUGAUGUGGGGCGCCCAGACCGUGGGCGCCUGGGCUUCCAGGUGUGGCUGAAGAAUGGCAUGAUUCUGAGCAAGCUGGUGAACAGCCUGUAUCCUGAGGGCUCCAAGCCAGUGAAGGUGCCUGAGAACCCACCCUCUAUGGUCUUCAAGCAGAUGGAGCAGGUAGCCCAAUUCCUGAAGGCAGCUGAGGACUAUGGAGUCACCAAGACUGACAUGUUCCAGACUGUUGAUCUCUUUGAAGGCAAAGACCUGGCAGCAGUGCAGAGGACUCUGAUGGCUUUGGGCAGCUUGGCCGUGACCAAGAAUGACGGGCACUACCGUGGAGAUCCCAACUGGUUUAUGAAGAAAGCCCAGGAGCAUAAGAGGGAAUUUACAGAGAGCCAACUGCAGGAGGGGAAGCAUGUCAUUGGCCUUCAAAUGGGCAGUAACAGAGGGGCCUCCCAGGCCGGCAUGACAGGCUACGGACGACCUCGGCAGAUCAUCAGUUAGAGGGGACGACCAGCCCUGAGCCUGCCUUUCCCAGCUCUCUGGCUGCAGUGUCCUGCUUAGCCUGCCUCACCCACACCUAUGUAGGUUCUUAGCCCCGGCCAAGCUUUGAGGCUGUCACUGGGCAAAGGUGACGGCACAAGGGCAGCUCCCACCUCCCCCUAGCCUUAGCCCAGCUUACCCCGGAGCCACCACUGCCCUGGCCCCUGCUCUCAGCUGCACUCCCACCUCCUGUCUCUUCCCAUCCUGGGCUAAACAGGGGGAAGUGGGCUGGGUAGCCUGGGUGUGCAGCCAGCCCAAUGUCCUUGGUAGCAAAUGCCCUUUGAAGGAGACCCAGCCCAAUCUCUCCAUCUUUUCCUGGAAUAUUUUUUUUGGUUGAAAUUCAAAAAAGAGAAAAAUAUAUACAUCCAUCUUUCCUCAG